GAACAGCACUGUUCCGAUGAGCCGAAAUCAUAACACGCUCCUUUCUGAGUGAUUGAUAGACGUCAUGGUUUACGCAACGAUAAGGCAGGAAGGAGCACAUCGCCCUCUGUUUUUGGAGUUCAGCAAAGGUCAGCAAACCUCCUGUGACAUAAAAGCAGUAUAGACCAAAGAAGAAAAGAAUGGUGGCGAGAUGUUUUCCGAAAUACGCCGCUCAUGUGGAUGCUGGGAGCGGAAGACAAAGUUUUUUGAGAAACAAGAGCUGAACAGCUGAACAAGUAGUCACUAGAAGAAGUUAACGAACAAUACAUCGUACAGAUAUUUGUUGUACUUAUUGUUUUUUCUAGUUUACAGAUGUAGAAAAUGAAACUAAACGGAGUCGCAAGUGCAUAAGCUUUGGCGGAUUUAUGACUUGCUGACAGUUCGCCGCGAGUCCAGCGCGAGCUUCCCCGGACAGUCAUGAUGAGAAAAACGAAAAGAGGUCGCGUGCGGAUGUUUCUGGCCACCUCCAUCGGAUCCAUCUUCAUCGUUAUAUUCUACUUUCAAGGCUUGGCACCAGCUGCAGAGUAUAGUAUAAAUAGGCAAGGGGUGUCUGGAAGAGGCCCGCUGCAGAGCGUGAAAAAAACAACUGAGCAGCCCAAGUCUUUGGCGAAACAGGAGACUCACCGUGAGCGCCGAGAGCUGCUGCAAAAGGUGUGCCGCUCCCACGCGAAGAAGCGGCGUGUGCUGACCCCGGAGGACCUCAAACACCUCAUCGUGGAUGACCAGCAUAAGCUGCUCUAUUGCUAUGUGCCCAAGGUCGCCUGCACCAACUGGAAGCGUGUCCUGAUGGUGCUGACCGGGGAGGGGCGCUACACUGAUCCCCUGAAGAUUCCUGCCAAUGAGGCCCACAUCCCUAGCAAUCUGCGGACGCUUUCUGAAUACCCCAUACAUGAGAUCAACAAACGCCUACGCAGCUACCUUAAGUUCAUCUUUGUGCGGGAGCCUUUUGAGCGCCUGGUGUCUGCCUAUCGAAAUAAGUUCACCCGCAGUUACAACAAGGCCUUCCAUAAACGCUACGGUACCAGAAUCAUUCGCCGGCACCGACCCAACCCACAGCCAGAAGCCCUGGAACGUGGUGAUGAUGUCUCCUUUGAGGAGUUUGUGUACUACCUGGUGGACCCGCGUACCCAGCGAGAGGAACCCUUCAAUGAGCACUGGGAGCAGAUCCACUCGCUCUGCCAUCCCUGCCUCAUUCACUACGAUGUGGUGGGAAAGUAUGAGACACUGGAGCAGGACUCAAAUUAUGUGCUGAGGCAGGCUGGCACAGGAGACAAGGUGCGUUUCCCCACUCAAGGCAAGAAGACAAGAACUACAGAGGACAUGACAGCCCAGUUCUUUCGAAACAUCAGCCCCUUCUAUCAGAAAAAGCUUUACAACCUCUAUAGAAUGGACUUCUUGCUGUUCAACUAUACCACUCCAUCAUACUUGACGUUUAUCUGAAUAUGGUCUUGCAAAUUUGUAUUUAAUAAUUAUACUGUGAGAUACACUGUAUGGCCAAAAGUAUGUGGAUACUCAAAUUAUUUGCUUAAUUAAUCCAUAGGUGUAUAAUUAAGCACACAGUCACACAAUCUCUCACAACAAACAUCAGCAGCAGAGUGGGUGCUUGUAUAGAAGAGGUUAGUGACUUUCCACCAAGUAGAGCUACCUUGGUCAACUGCAAAUGAAGUGAAGGUAAAACAUUUGGGAGCAAGUUCAUUAGUGGUCGGUCACACAAAGGCACAGAAAGGGACCAGAUCACCCAGCAUCAAUACCCCACCAGCAGUGUCCUAACACCUAAUGAAAGCUUUCCCUCAGAGUAGAGGCUAUUAUAGCAACAAUGGGCUGACUAACCUCAUAUUAAUUCCCUUGGUUUCAGAAUGAGAUGCUGGAGAAGCUGGUAUCCACAUACUUUUGGCCAUAUAGUGUAUAUUAUGUGAAAUAUAAUGUUAUAAUACUGAAACAUUAUUCCAAAGCCUUCAGUUGACCAGCAUAACAAUUAACUCUAAUCUUCAGUGAAUACGUUGUUACUUUCAUUGGUUCCCAGUUUGCCAGUAAUGACUUAUCCACUCAAGCUUAGUGUGAUCAGAGUCCAGUGUUGGGAAGUUUAGGAUCUCCACACGACUGAGUGCGGUUCUCACUCAUCUGGACAUACCCAUACAGGCUUUGUGUUCUGUGUGAGAAAGCAAAACACGAUGUUUAACACACUUAUCAGAAGAUAAUGAAGAACUUCAUGAAGAUGAGCUUAAAUUCUUUUACCUACAUUCUACAGUAUGGGGGGGGGAAACAGAUACUCCUCCACAAGACUACUAAUCCUUAUAGGUGUCAGUAUGAGUUUUCUAAUGGGUUACAUGGCACUUCCCUUUAUGAGAGAAUGCUAAUACAUUCAAGGCUAAGUAUUGUCAGAGGCAGAUGCAACCCCCUUUUUAUCCACAAUGGUGAGUGCUGUUCAUAGGAGAGAUAUGUGGGGUGUCAUGAGACACACUUGGCACGUCAAUACAGUUAUUUCAUUGAUAUUUUACUGGGGCUGUGGGGUGCAAAAAUGUCUUGUGAAGCCCUAAAAAGCCAAAGCUUAUUGUCUGCCAUAAGACAGACAAUAGCAUGCUACAUCCACAAAGUGUUUUGUACUUUUAGCAGAGAGUUCUUGGAGCUAUAACUGUUUCAGCAAUGUCUGUGAAAAGGUGUUUGAAGAGCAUAAUGGACAGAAAUGCAAGAACUGUGGUCAGGGGCAGCAUCUUCUCUGUAGCUCUUAGAACUUUCGGUCAAACUAACCACAGUCUGAUCUCACAUGGUUCAGAUAGCUCAAUAUAGGAGAUGUUACGAAACUGUGAAUUAAAAUUGAAAUGUGCUCUAGCCAACAGAACAAAAAUAUUUCCAGACCAGGAGAAUAACUAGAGAGAACAAAAGGAAAAAAAUAAUUUAUAUGUCACGUUCGCUUUUGUUGGGCAGAAAAGCAAAAUAGGUACUGGACUGUAGAGACGCCGGAAUAGAGGUCAGCUUGCAUAGUGACCGACUUGCCAAAGGGAAUGCAGCAGUAUCUGUGUACUGUGUGCUGUGUGCAAUGCACCACUGUGUUUUUUUUCUGAAAUAAAAUGGAAGAACUGA